AUGUUUCAACCGCUUCUAGUCUGGUUGGAUUCUCAGUUUGUCUUGAUGCGGAGGCUGUGUCACCGAUACGGCUCACCGAAAGAUGCUAAUUGGCAGGAAAAAACAAUUUUGAUGAUAGGUGAAACAGGAACAGGGAAGAGUACCCUCGUGGAUGGGUUGGCAAACUUCAUAUUAGGGGUAACAUGGAAUGAUAAUUUCAGGUUUACCAUUGUCAAUCUGGAAGAGGAAGAACAGCAAAAGAUUAAAAAUCAGGCACCGGAUGCUCGAUUAACGCCAAUUCAGAGCUACAUAUUUCAGUCGAUCAUGUCAUUAUUCGGAAAUGACAUAGAAAGUAACAUAUGUUCUCUGAUCACAUUUGCAGACGGCAUGGAUCCUCCCGUGUUCGCCGCUUUAGAUGAGUCUGGAUUACCCUUUGGUGAAAGAUUCACAUUUAAUAAUUCUGGGCUGUUUGCGAAAAAUACAGAUCUGUCUCAAACAUGUUUAUCACCGAUGUUUUGGGACAUGGGGCUUGUCAGUUUCAGAAAGUUCUUCAAACAUAUCGAUACCUUAGCGACCAAAAGCUUGCAACUAACCAGUGAUGUGCUAUAUGAGAGAUGUCGCUUAGAAGCAACGAUCCGAAACCUUCAACCAAAACUCGACGUUGGUCUCAACAAAAUCAAUGAAUUGAAAGCAGAAAUUAGAUUCUUUGAAGACAAUAAAUCCAUCAUUGCCGACAACAAAGAUUUUACAUACGUUGUAAAGACAACUAAACAUGUGAAAAGAGACCUACCACGUGGUCGUCAUGUCACAAACUGCACCCAUUGCAAUUUUACAUGCCAUGAAAAUUGUGCUUACGCGAAUGACGCUGACAAAAUUAACUGUUCGGCAAUGAGCAACGGCUUUUGUAGAAUUUGUCCUGAGAAUUGCAUUUGGAACAUACAUGCUAACACGCCGUAUAUAUUUGAAUUUCUUCUUGUCGAAGAAUUAAAAACCUAUGCAGAAAAGAAACACAAAUAUGAAGAGGCGUCUGGAAAGCUUCUUACCCAGGAACAGGUGUUGGAAAAGAUGGUAGAGGAGCUUGACGAAAUGGUUGAUACCAUUGAAGAUAUGAUGAUAAUUGUACGAAAUUGCAACACCCGUCUAGGGAAAAUUGCCUUGCGCCCAAACCCGCUGUCCAUGGUUGAACACAUUGAUUUAAUGAUUGAGAACGAAAAGCUGCAGAAGAAGAUGGGUUGGUAUGAGAGAGUUCAGACGCUGUAUCGGUUCCGUAAGCGAGCUCAGGUCGCUGAUGAAGCUGAGAUGUUUCACAAGGAAGCGCAAAACCUUGGUGUGACCGGAAAGAGGCGUAGGGACAAAAGGACUGUUUUCCAACGAUUUCGUGAUUUAUUUGGUUUCUAA